CAUUUUACAAGUUGAGUCGCCUGGAGUUCUCCGCUCUCUCUCUCUCUCCAUGGCAAGGCAUUCCAGAACCUCACCUCCUUCUCGAAGGCUCUCGAAGCUAUCCAUUUUCGCUACCUUGUAGAGACGAAGCGAGUUGGUCUUCGGGUCUGUUGUAUUUCAAAGUGUCAGGUUAUCAUCGACCUUCGAAGAUGGAGAUGCUUACUACAAAUUCUGGUGCCAUGCUUCCUCUUCUACCUCCAGUGGGUCAGCAUUGGGGAAGAAUGGAAGCCAUGAACUUCCAUCUUAGUAGGGAUAGUUUCCAAGUUCAAACUUCUAAUGGGAGGAGACAACCGGUGAUUGCUAAAGCAGGACCACUUUAUGUCAAACCAAUUCUAUCUACUGGGACAAGGGGAGGUGUUCUAUAUUCAAGUAGAAAGAACAACGCUUUCGUAUGUUUUGCUGCUUUGAAUGCUAGAUGUGCGGCGGAGCAGACCCAAACUGUUACAAGAGAGGCUCCUACAAUCACUGUUCUUCCUGGCAAGGAGAAGUCGCCGCAACUGGAUGAUGGUGAUUCUGGGUUUCCACCUCGUGAUGAUGGUGAUGGCGGCGGCGGUGGCGGUGGAGGGGGUGGCAACUGGUCUGGUGGAUUCUUCUUCUUUGGCUUCCUUGCUUUCCUAGGCUUCUUAAAAGAUAAAGAAAGCGAAGAGCCUUAUCAGAAUGACCGGAGAAGAUAAACAUACUUCGAUCAAUUGGAUUCAUACUUGAAUACAAUCUGAAGGUUAACGUUUGCUUCUAGUCAUGUAAUCUCCAUAAAAUUAAUUUCAUUCCCUAUGGACUGGAGUAGUAGCCUAACCCAUGCUGUUGUGAGAUCCCAAGUAUAAGGAACUAUUGAGAUUGAUUCUUGUUCCAA